ACGCACCCUACAGAUACCGAAGCGCAUGCGCUAUGGCUUCCGCUAGGGCUCCUAUAUUUUUAUGUGCUUUUACCCAAAUUGUGUAGGGGCGAUAUUUUUAAGAUAAAGCUGUAUAUAUAUAUAUUUACAUCAAGUUGCUUUUAUAUAAAUUUAAAAAUUCGCUACUGAAGCUAAUGUAAAUACAUACAAUGCCAAAAUAAUUAUUAAUCGAGUGUUCUUUUACGAUGAAUUAACGGAAUUAACCUAUUCAGCUGAACUUUUUUCGAACGUAUCUUGUCAAUAAAACCGGGUGUUUAUCAAGAAAUCUCUGAGAACGAAACGAAGGUGUGUGUGAUAAAUAUGUUGACGUUACCAAGAUUAUUAGUAAAUCAUGUGAAAGCGUUGGCAGCACCCGCUUUACCUAGCAAAGCGGAUCAUCUUUCGCAGCAAACACGGAAUACCUUUAUUCUCAGGAGAAGGAUUUCGCCGUUUCUUCACGGGAAGAAUUGCAGACCCAAGAAGUUAAGAGCGAGGCAUUUUAUAUACGAUCUCGUCGAGAAUACGAAUGUAAAGCGAAAGGAGCCGCUUGAUCUGAUUCUAACACAGUAUGUAACAGGACUGGGCAACGUAGGCACCCGAGUGUCGGUGCAUCCGUCGUACGCGUAUCCAAAGCUUCUACUGCCAAGACUGGCGGACUACGCUACCCCCGAGAACAUCGAGAAGUAUAUGAAACUGGCGACGGACCAGGGGGACGACACGCCGUUCAGCUCUGCUUCGGUGGAGAAGACCAUGAAGUACCUGUCGCAGAAGCGGAUAUCCAUCGUGAUGUCGAAGGAUGUGCCGUGGACACUGGAGAAGUGGCACGUGAAGGCGAACUUCCGUAAGGCUGGUAUCCACCUACCUGAGGAUGCCAUAACGAUGCCCGAGAAGCCGAUAUCCGGGCCGAAUUUGGAUCUGGAGGGAAAGCAGUUUUACGUGACCCUUACGAUUAACAAUCGCGAGCAGGUGAAGGUGAGAUGCGCGUUGCAUCACUGGACGCCGGACAAGAGCGCUCAGAUUUACGUCGAGGAGUUCUGGAAACAGCCGAGCGAGCCGAUAUUCCCUGAGGACAAACCAAUUCUAGACUCCCUUCCCCCCUCCUGGGUGGAGAGGAAGAAAGCUGAAUCGCAUUAGUAAUAUAUUGUACUCUAAUAAUGUAAAUAAAUUGCAUUUAAACGGGGAA